UCAAACAUUUUGGGAGAGAGAGAGAGAGAGAGAGAGAGAGAGAGAGGAUGGCAGUGGCAUUUGUGGAAAUCCAAGUUGGUGAGCAGAAGCUAUUCAAUGGAGUUCGAUUCCCUAUUGUGGUGUCUCCUUCUCCUCCUCCUGCAACUGCAACUGCUGCUAUCCCUCUUACGCAAUCCAUCAAAGCCCAUAAACCAUUCCUCGAAUCAUUGCUUCUCAAAUCCGGUGCUGUCCUUUUCAGGGGUUUCCCUCUCAACACCCCAUCCCAUUUCAACGACUUCGUCGAAGCAUUCGGCUACGAGGAGCUUCCCUACGUGGGUGGCGCCGCACCCCGCACCAACGUUGUUGGUCGUGUCUUCACAGCCAAUGAGUCCCCACCUGACCAGAAGAUCCCCUUCCACCAUGAGAUGGCCCAGGUUCCUGAAUUUCCUUCCAAAUUGUUUUUCUUCUGUGAAGUGGAACCUGGGAGUGGGGGUGAAACCCCAAUUGUUCUUAGCCAUGUUGUGUAUAACAGGAUGAAGGACAAGUACCCUGAUUUUGUGGACAGAUUAGAGGAACAUGGUUUGUUGUACAUUAGGGUUUUAGGGGAAGACGACAACCCUUCAUCUCCAAUUGGCCGUGGCUGGAAAUCAACCUUCUUGACCAGCGAUAAGGCCAUCGCUGAGCAAAGGGCUGCUAAACUGGGUAUGAAGCUGGAAUGGUUGGAAGAUGGAGGAGUGAAAACAAUUAUGGGUCCAAUCCCGGGUGUAAAGUAUGAUGAGAAAAGACAACGCAAGAUAUGGUUUAAUAGCAUGGUGGCUGCUUACAUUGGGUGGGAAGAUGAACGAAAUGAUCCUGUUAAGGCUGUCACCUUUGGGGAUGGCCAGCCAUUACAUGCUGAUGUAGUCUAUGAUUGUCUCAAGAUUUUGGAGGAGGAAUCUGUUGCCAUUCCUUGGCAAAAAGGGGACGUUCUCUUGCUUGAUAAUUUUGCCGUCCUUCAUUCCCGAAGAUCAUUCAAUCCACCUCGCAGGGUGUUGGCUUCACUUGUCAAGUAGAUUCCUAGCUUAGCACUACCGAUUGUACUAUAUACUUCAGCUAUAUCAGAAGCUUGCACUACCUAAAAUUCAAGCUGUAUUCUAUGUACCAAAAAUAAAUGAAUAAAAUUCUAGCUGUAUUUGUGAUA